AUGAAGAUUAAAAGAACUCCACAAAAAAGUGACAGUGAAAAUAUUAGCAAAAAGCCGAAAUAUCAAAAUAUUAAAGAUUAUUUUCAAAAAACCUUAGAAGACAGUGGCAUUUUACUAAAUGAACCUCCAAAUAAAUGUGUCGCCUCCUACGAAGCAGUGGUCAUCAUUAGAAAUUUAAAAAAGAAUUUACAACGCAAUUCAGAUUAUCCGCGUAAUAUGUCUGAGUUUUAUUUAAAUUUACAAAAAAGAUGUGAAGACCUAAAGGUAUUCAAACAUUAUUUAUUUCCAAAUAUAGUAAGAAUAAGUGGUGAAAAUUCUGCUGAAUUUUGUUUAAAUGUCAGUUUAUUUAAAAUCUUGCUAAGUCUUCCUAUACUUCAAAGAAAAUUAAUGGAUUAUAUAUUUGAAAAAGCAAUUGAUUUGGCUGCUGACUCUAAAUGUGGUCCAUGGAUACAAAUGAUUUUAAAAUGUUUCUCUUCAUUAGAUAGUAUAGCUGAUAGUGAUAAAAUGGCUGAAAAUUUAAUUAAUUUAUUGGAUGUUACUUCGGAAAAGAUGGUUCGUUUGGAGAUUAUUACAGCAAUUCCAGAUAUAAUAGGAGACCAAGCUCAUGAUAAUAUCACUUCAGAAAUGAGCAGAAUCUUAAGUGAAGACCAUGAUCUUAUUCCUGCUAUUCUUGAUUGUCUUUCUUAUUUAUGUUUAUCAGAUGAACAAUAUGCACAAUUACAAAAGAAAACUUUAAAUAUUUUAAAGACAUUGUCUAAAUGCAGUUGUUUCCCAAACUUUGUUAAAUUUCUUCUUAUGCCACGACGAACCAAUGAUGGAGCCUAUUUAGACAUUGUAGUAGGAUUGAGGAAUGCUUUAGGGUGGCCAACAUCGAACACAACAUUGCAGGAUAUUGCUUCUAGUCAAAUUCUUACAGCUUCAGCAAUAAGAAACUCGAUUAUAUCAUCAAAAGUAAUUGCUAAUGCAUGGAUAAAACUUAUUGCAAAUUGUAAGAUAAACACUGAUCAUGCUCCAAUUGAUUUAAUAUUAAUAGUAAUAUUAUAUUCAACAACAGAGGAAAAACAAAAACAAAUAGAAAACAUUGUUAGAAAACAAAUAAAAUUGAAUAUAUUAAAUGAAGAAUUAUUAGAGGAUGCAUUCGAAAAGUUUAAACCAAUUUUAAAAGAUUACCUUAAACCAUUAAUUUGUCUUACAAAUUCACUUUUAAAAACAACACAAGAACCCUUGAUUCAACAAUUUGCUUCACAUAUGUAUAGUCUAAUGUUUUCAAAACUUUUUGAUUGUUGUCAGACAGUAGCAGCUGAAUUACUUCAACUUGGCUUAGAUAGUAAGCAAUGUGUUAUGAGCAUGUUAACAAUCUUAAACAAUGUAGCCCAACAAGAUAUAGAAAUAUUAAAAUCCCAAAGUAUUCAAAUGCUAACUUUACUGGACAGAAUGGAUGAUAUGACAUUAUCAGAGGUAAGAGCAGUAAUGAACCUAGUAUGUGCUUUAGCAUAUUCUAUUGAAAAUUCAGUCAUCAGAGAUGAUAUACAUAUGAUUGUAAGAAAAGAAUUAGGAAGCUCUAACCCUGUAGUGAAGAUACAAGGAAUUCUGGCUGGUAUACAUGCAGUUAAAUAUUUAAUGGGGUCAAAAAAUCAUGAAGAUCAGUCUAUCGAACAAGCUGAUGAUUCUAGCAUGAGUUCUAUCAAUCAUUUACCUGAAGGUGAUAUUCGAGAUGCAGCACAGAUUAUGGAACUGAUAAGUCGUAGCACCAGACAAUUCCCAGAUAUGAUUGCAUUUUUUUAUGAUGAAUUGUGUAAAAUAGUCAAGUCUGUGGAAUAUAUUAAUAUACAUUUCUUGAAUUGGAUGACAGAUGCUGUAACUAAUGACUUACAGCAAAACUUUAUAGUUUAUGUAUUAGAGUCUGAAAAAGUUGCAGAUUUAAAACUUACUAUGCAGUACUGUAUAAACAGUGAUAGUGAAAUGGAUGAGACGAUUGCCAUUAAUAUAGCAGGUUUAACUCUAAAAGCUCAACAGGAUGUUAGUAUAAUCAUUUUGUCCUCAUUAUUUCAACUAGUACAAGCUUUACAUUUGCGUAAACAUAAUGGAGAUUUAUCAAGCAUAGAUGCAUUAUUAGGGUGUUCAAUCAUAAUGCCUCAUUUUGAUAUAGAAUUAAUUGAUAAUAUGAGCAAUAGAGCUAUAUCAAACAUCUUAGACUGUCAAGUACAUUGUGCCAACUGGUUUCGCGAAUUAUUAAAUGCAUUUGCAUCUCAAACUGAUCCAGCAUUAAAAUUGAAAAUAUACCAUAGAAUUUUUGAUUUAAAAACAAUUGAGUCAUUAAUUGGUGAAAUUCUAAUAAGAACCAAUAUAUCAUAUAAGCCACCACUUUGCAAUUUUAGUUUAAAUAAUAUAAACAAAAACGUAACCUUGGAAAAGAGACAUCAUAAAACUCAAAAUAUUAAAUCUAAAACACCAAAUAAAUUAGAAGGCCGUGAAGAUUCUGUUUUACCUCAAACUCUCAAAUCUCAAGCAAAUUUAAAUACUAAUAAUGCUAUAAAAAAUAAAUUAAAUAUCUUGCACAAUAUACAUUUUAGACAUUUUAAUUUAGAAUUAUUAAAUUUACUUAAUGGUAAAUUAACCGAAGAAAGAGAACCAGAUAAUAAUUUCACUAUAGAAAUUUUUAAUUUUCUUUUAAAAUACAUAAACAAUAAUCUAGAAAAUAUACUUAUUUCUAAAAUUAAGAAAAAAACGUUUCUCUCGAAGCAUGAUCACAUGGAGCCAUAUUGUCGUAAGAAAGCUGAAGAAUGUGCUCAAUCUGUUAUUAAGGUCCUACCAAAAGUAGUGUACCAUAUGAAAUACAUCAACUCAAUAUUGGAUGAAUGGCUUACCGAGAAUGAUAAUAAUAGUGAAGAAUCUUUGUAUAAUGACAAGAUUUUGGAAUGUUUUGCAGCCAUAGAAAAUAUAUUUAAUAUGUAUACAAUACAUUUUAAAUGGAUAGGAUUUAAAAGUCAUCAUAAAUCUUUACUGAAAAAUUCAUUACGUAUUGUCGCUAAUAUCGAUAGCAUAAGUGGUAUUUAUAUGCAAGACUUACUAUUAUCUGUUGCAAAAUAUUUGCAAGGCCAUGAAAAAUAUUGUGUUCAAUUAACAACUGCAGUAGCGUUAAUUGAAAAUUUAAAGGCUAUUCAAGAAUAUUCAUCAUGUCCAACUAUAACAAAAAUAUUGAGAGACCUAGCAAGUAAAUUCCUAUCGAAGCAAUGGAAAACGGCAGAUGGAAAUAUUGAAAGAGGAUUACUUUUAAAUCAAAGUAUUGAUAACUUCGCCAGGGAAUAUUUCAUAUAUAACGAUAUUGCUGAUCUAAAGUCUAUUAUUCUUCUCUUAAUUAACGACAUUCAGGUGAUCAUAAAAAACCGCAAUAGUUAUUUAGAGUCGUUUCAAAGCAUAAACAAGGCUAAUUUUCCUAUUUUGUACAGGAAUUUGGGUAACGCUCUUUUUGUUGUAACGAAAACAUAUAUAAGCAAAGGAUUAACUAACGAUGAACUUUUAGAUUUAUGGAAAGAUGUAGUAUUCAUUUUAAAGUGCAUGUCAGAGAUAACAAAGGUCCUAGAUAGUAGAAAUAAUUUAACCACGUUUUUUAAGAAGUCAUUGCCGAUCAUUAAGCUAUUCAUAAUGGAAGGUAUACCUAUAUUAGAGCUAGAAUUUAAAAACAAAACACAAGAAAUUUUGGAGAUUUUAAAAACGUUACAACUAUCUACUAGAUUCCUUCAAUCUUUGUGCUGCCAUUCACGAUUAAAACAAGACACAGCUUUGAUAAACAAAGUUCCUUUUGUUAAACAGCUACUUGAAACUCUUCUUUAUAAGGUAAAAGCUUUAUUAGCUGCAAAUAACUGCUCGGAGGCAUUUUGGAUGGGCAAUCUAAAAAAUAAAAAUAUUCACGGCGAAGUCAUAUCGUCACAACAGUCUGAAGAAAAUGAAGAUACUAAUGAAGAUUGUGAUGAACAACUACCAGAUGACGACAGUGAUGAAACUGACGACGAAAUCCUAGAUCCGGAAUCAAGAAGUGUUAGUGAUAUAGUA